GGCGAGCAGCCGCGCGACGGCGAGGAGGACGACGAGGGCGGCCUGGAGGCGGCCGCGGGCGACUGGAGGGAGUUCCGCGCGCGGCUGGUGCAACUCGAGCAGCAGGAGGGCGCGGGGGCCGGCGAGGGCGCGCCGAGCGCGAGCGCCGAGGGGUGGGCGUACGAGAGCCCGCUCAUCGAGCAGGGCGCGGUGCUGCUGUCCGUCCCGAGCAACCACUUCGCGAUCAACCAGCAGUACUUCCACAAGAACGUCAUCAUCCUGAUAUAAGCCACUCCCCCAUCUUCACGACCGGGAUCAUCCUGAACAGGCCCACCGCGCUGAGCAUGCGAGACCUGCCACGGGCCUCGGGAGCGGGCGAGGCCAUUGACGGGAUCGACGACUGGAACGUCUGGUUCGGGGGCGACUGUCAGGGCCUCAACGACAACACGGGCGGCGCCGGAAGCGAGAAAUACUUCGUCCUCCACUGCCUGGACCGAUUUGCCGGCAAGAGCGAGACCAUCAUCUCCGGCAUGUAUUCGAUGCAGUUCGAGGACGCGAAGGCGCUGGUCACGUCUGGCGAGGCGGACAAGGACGAUUUCCUGCUGCUAGUGGGCUACUGCGGCUGGGGCGAGGGCCAGCUGCAGCGCGAGCUGGACGCGGGCGACACCUGGACCAUGGCGGCCGUGGACCAGCGCGCGGUGCUGGGGGAGCUGCGGGAAGCCCAGUCGGCGCUGAGGACAAGGAUCCAGGGCGCCAAAGAGGGGCAGCGCUUCACCGCCUCCGACGUCGGCGACGGGCUGGAGAUGUGGGAGAGGCUGUACGGGCAGCUGGGACCGGCGUUCGCCGAGCGGCUGGCGGAGUUCAAGGCCACGAGAGAAAGCGCCCACACGGACGAGGUACUGCGCCGCUGGAUCACCAGGUGCCUGAUCCCGAGCAGGUACAACACCGGCACGCCGACCACCUCCGAGGCACGGGCGGCCCUGCGCCCCAGCACCCUGAACCUCCUGGAGUCAGGCACGCUCCUCCGCGCCUCCGCGACCCAGUGGCUUCUGGGCAAGCCGGCCGAACACGCGAAAUUCGACCUGAACAGCUUCCUGCCGGGCCAGUAUUUCCACAAGGCCGUCUUGGUGCUGGUCCGCGACGAGGACCAGGGGGUGGAGAUGGUGGCCCUGCUCAACGGCCCUGUGCUGUCCCGGGGCUCCCAGGGCACGGUCCUCUGGGGCGGGCCGGGCGGGAACGUGGAGCUCAAGGUGGGCGUGGGCGAGGAGUCCAUCCUGGUGAAGGGCCUGACCGUCCUGCUCCCCGGCACCCUGGACCUGCUGCUGAACCUCGGGGCGUUCGAGAAG